AUGGACUCGCCUUUGAACAUUGGAGAUUUAACAACCAACUCCAUUCAACAACGGUUGAAUGAUACUCAUAUCAAUGCAAUGUACUCGACAGAAGUGAACUCUGCUGUCCAUGCGGGCACAAAGAUGAUUCAAUUGACCAUCCGGCUUGGUGAAUCUUUGGAAAAUCUUGAGAACACUGAUACCAAUAUUACCACUAUCACUGGUAAUGUAACAGAGAUUUUCGUACUAAGAAGGGUACAAGAUUCGUAUGUCAACGUUAGUCAGCUAAUCAACAUUCUUCAGGAACUCAAAAUACUUUCGAAACAGCAGGCAAACAAUUUCCUCAAGAAUAGUGUUUUGUCGAGCCUAGAAGCCAGUAUUUCGCUGUCGCACAAUAAUAACAAUGCCAUUACACAUAAUCACAACAACAUUAGCAAUAAUAACCAUAAUCAUAACCAUAACCAUAGCAAUAACAAUAACACCACCAUUUUCAACAAUAGCAGCAACUACCACUACAACAACAACAGUAAUAGUAGUAGUAGUAGUAGUAGUAGCAAUAACCAACCCAGGAUUCUCAAUCUUGAAAACCACGAAAAUUCUGCUGUUAGAGGUGUAUGGGUCCCAUAUGAUAUGGCUGUCAGGAUUGUGUUGAAGUUUGAUCUUUACGACUUGACAAAGGAAUUAUUUCUUAUUGAUGUACAUGACUAUGAUUCCCUUCCAAAAUAUAAAAAAAGGGUUUUAGAUACUGAUGCUGAAGAUGGCGGGUUCAACACUUCCAUUGGGUCUCCGUUGAAGAAACAGAAAGUUGGAGAACUUCUGAUAAGCAAAGUUCUGUUGCAGAGUAAUGUUUCUGGAAUCCCAGCUACUAAUAUCCCCGAAGGAGCUCAAUUUCUUACCCAUACUUUACCACCUUGCAUGAUAAACGAUAGUCAAUUGCAUCUUGUGAAUGCAGUGAAAGGAGUGUAUGGUCGUGUGUUUAAGAAAGAUGAGGAGCUUGCUGGUGGAGUCUCCCCGGAGGAGAUUCAAAAGGAGUUUGCAUCGUUAUCUGGGGAUUACCGCCUUGAAAAUUUGAAAGAUAUACCAUUGGAUCAAAAGGGCCAAACUGCGCUCCAUUUUGCGGCAACUCUUGCCUCGCUGAGUCUUGUUUCGUCUUUGAUCACUUUAGAAUUAGUAUCGCCAACCAGGGGUAAUGAUUUGGGUGAGUCGCCUCUAGUUGCGUGUGUUAAAGUCACCAACGCAAUGGAAAAUGGGAAUUUCAGCGAUCUUUUGAAAAACUGGUUGCAUUCGAAUAUCUGGUUGCUCGAUAAUGGGAAUAGGACCAUUUUGCAUCAUUUGGCUUUGCAAAUUGGAGGAACCGAUAGUUAUGUUUUUUACUCUUCUGCACUUUGUGAGUAUAUUUACCAGCAGGGAGGGCCCAUAUUGAAGGCUUUUAAGAAAUUAAUCUUGAAUGCGCAAGAUGAGCAUGGGAUGACAGCAUUGCACAUUGCAGUUGAAAGGGAAGAUAAAUGGUUUGUGAAGUUGUUGAUGGAAAUGGGUGCAGAUGCUUCGAUUCCAAAUAAGUUGCAUAUCAAAUGUCUGGAUUUUGAGAUUUUGAAUGUUGCUGCUGAACUGAACUACCAAGAACACAUUUUUGAUUUGGUGCGCACCCAUCAAGAGAUAUUGGAUGAGCAGACCCUUAUAAAUGGUUCUGUUCUUCCUGAACCCGAGGAACCAGAGCAAAUAUCAGUUACUGCUACCGCUACCGCUACGAGCACUAGUGGUAGUGGUAAUGGUGGUAAUGCACUCGCAACUAAAAAUGAUAACGAUGAGAGUGGUAAUGGUGGUAAUGCACUCGCAACUAAAAAUGAUAACGAUGAGAGUGGGAAAGGGUCGUUUGCGUCCAAAUUGUUUCAGAACCUCCAGCAUUUACUUGCAAAUACUGAGCAUGAAUACUCGUCGAUACUUAAUUCCAAAAAGGAACACAUCAAAGCGUUGAAUCAGGAGUUACACGAUAUAACAAUAGUAACCGCAAACAAUAGGUUUCAAACAAAGAAGCUUGCCGAUAACCUUGCCACUUUGGACAACCUCAAGCUCCAAGCUGCAAAUGUCGCUGAUAAAAUAACCAUGUCGAGACAAGAAUCAGCUGGAGGUAACGAGAUACCGUUCAAUGAAAAUGAGCACUAUGAUGCUGAUGAGCCAUUCUUGAUUAAGCCUCUUUUCGAUAGGCUUGCUGAAAACCAGCUGGUAGAGGAACUUAGAAACGAUGAGUCUGUUUAUAAGACUUUGCAGCCAACGAAUAUCUUGAAAGCUCGCAUAAAUGCAUAUAAACGCAUGAACGAAACACUUGAGCAAGAGUUGCAGAGCCUUACGGAUUAUAGAGAGCUUACCUCCAAAUUCAAAAAUGUGGUGAGUAUUUGCACCCACGUUGGAAUCAAUGAUGUUGACGAACUUUUAGAUGGGUUGUUAGAAGCAGUAGAGGGGCAGUAG